AGGUUUCACAGAAAAACAACUUUCAUAUUUGGUAUCCAUAUCUUCUUCAGUCAGCUCCAUUAUUAAGAAAGUUACAUAAGUAUCAACAAAAUUGAUGUUCAGAACUCUACACCAACUCCAACUAAAGAGAAGGAUAGGCCAAUUCACAUUCAACCAUCCAAACAGUAAUUAAUGAGUUAAUUAGUGGGAUGAGUCCAAAUUAGGAGUAAAUGUGUGUAAGAAAUGUUGAAUGGGGAAAUUUGGAUGCAUAGAGAAAGGAAAUAAUAUAAAAGGAAAAGGAAAAUGAAUGGGGGAGAGAAGAGACAAGUCUGCCGAGAUCCCAUCUCUAUUUCCAAGUCUUAAUUAAUAUCUUCUUCUUUAUCACACACACCUCUUUAGAGCUCUCUCAACUCUGAACCUCAGCUCUCUCUCUCUCUCUUCCUUCAAUGCUUUAAUGGCAUCCUAAUCAAUUUUCUCUGUUUCAUUCCCUCAUUUAAAUCUUUCUUCUCUUCUCCACUUUUUCCCUCACAAUUCUUUCGCUUUCGCUCCAACAAAAAACCAUGAAUUCCCUUUUGGCUUUUUUAUCGCCGCUGCUUCCCUUUGCGGCUUCCCUCGUGUUUCUGCUCCUCUUUCUCGAGCAGAUCUCUUAUUUGAAGAAGAAACGCUCUGUUCCUGGUCCUCCCCUCGUGCUCCCCUUCGUCGGCAACGCAAUUCCUCUCGUCAGAAACCCUGCCCGUUUCUGGGAAAUUCAGGCUUCUUUGGCUAAAUCCUCCGGUGUUGGUUUCUCCGUCAACUACAUCGCCGGCAACUUCAUCGUCUUUAUUCGCGAUACUGAGCUCUCCCACAAGAUUUUCGCCAAUGUGCGUUCCGAUGCUAUGAAUCUCGUCGGUCAUCCCUUCGGGAAGAAGCUAUUUGGUGAAGAUAAUCUGAUUUAUAUGUUAGGCCAAAAGCAUAAGGAUCUCCGCCGUCGAAUCGCUCCUAAUUUCACGCCUAAAGCGCUUUCCACAUACACCGCGCUUCAACAGAUCAUCAUUCUCAAACACUUGAAGCUUUGGGAACAGAAAUCGUCGGAAUCUUCACCGAAGCCCAUUCCCUUGAGGUAUUUUGCUCGAGAUCUUAACCUCGAAACCUCUCAGAUGGUGUUCGUCGGGCCGUAUUUAGCCGAAAAGGUUCGCGAGAAGUUCAGAGUCGAUUACAACAUCUUCAAUGUCGGUCUCAUGAAACUCCCAAUCGAUUUACCUGGAACAGGUUUCAGAAACGCGAAACUCGCCGUCGACCGGCUAGUGGAGGUUCUUGCGGACUGUGCAGAGAAGAGCAAGAGGAAAAUGAAGAAAGAAGAAGAGCCGACGUGUUUGAUCGACUUUUGGAUGCAGGACACUGUAAAAGAACUCGAAGCUGCCGCAGCAGCCGGCGAGCCAGAGCCCGUUCACACCAGCAACUUCGAACUCGGCUUGUAUCUCUUCGAUUUCCUCUUCGCGGCGCAAGACGCUUCCACUUCGUCGCUUCUAUGGGCCGUAAGUCUCCUCGACUCGCAUCCCGAGGUGGUUGACAAAGUUCGGGAAGAAGUCAAAUCCAUAUGGUCACCGGAAUCGGAUACACUGAUCUCAUCGGAGCAGCUAUCGGAAAUGAAGUACACUCAGGCAGUGGCGCGUGAGGUGGUCCGUUACCGUGCUCCGGCAACGGUUGUGCCGCACGUGGCUGCGGCGGAGUUCCCGUUGACGGAUUCAUACACCAUCCCAAAAGGUGCAAUCGUUUUCCCAUCUGCCUACGAGUCGAGCUUCCAGGGUUUCGUAGAACCGGAGCGAUUCGACCCGGAACGGUUCUCGGAGGAAAGGCAAGAGGACCGAAUUUUCAAAAGGAACUUUCUGGCGUUCGGUGCUGGGUCCCACCAGUGCGUUGGGCAACGGUACGCGCUCAACCAACUUGUGCUUUUCAUCGCCAUGUUUUGUACGUUGCUUGAUUUCAAGAGGCACAUAUCCGACGGCUGUGAUGAAAUCGCUUUCAAUCCCACCAUCUGUCCCAAAGAUGACUGCAUGGUCUCCAUUUCCAGGCGGUGCCCUCGAUUUCCCAAUCUCUCGCUUCAAUAAUUUUUCAAGAUCUCCGAAUUGCCCCUUUCUUCUUCACUUCUCCUCAUCAAACCAAAACAAAAAAGAAAAAAAUAUAAUAAAUAAUGUUGUUGUAGUUGUUACUCUUCCCUUUUCCUUUUCUUUUUUUUUUUUUUUUUUUAAUUAUUAUUUUUAAUUUGAAUCUGCGUGGAAAAAUGGACGGCUGGGAUUCUUUGGGGGGUGGGGGUGGGGGUUGAGGGGAAAUGUGUGUUUUGUUGUUGAUUUGAUUAUUGGAAAUGUCGAUUCAAAAAAAAGAAAAAAGAAAAAAAAAAGUGUUUUGAAUAUUUAAAAGGAGAAUGCUGUUCUGGCGAUGACUUGUCCUUUCUAAUAAACAAAUCAGCAUCACGUGGAUGGGCCGGCCGUCUGUCCAUCCACUUAUCUUAUUGUAAUUUUCUUUUAAUUAUUUAAUAAUCCACUUAUCUUAUUUCUA